GUUGCAGGGCUUUACGCUGCGCCCCCCUCUUUCCUCCCUCCCUUUGAAUCUAAAUUGGUUUGUUUUGCAGUUAAAGCCUUUCCUUUGAUUUCUCUCCCCCCACUCCCUUUCUGCUGCGGGCAGGAGGCUCUUGCUUAGCUGGGGCUCGCAUUUCCUCUCUCUCCUUCGCAGCCAGGAGCUCCGGAGCAGGAGGAGCCGCAGCUUCGACUGAUCCCUGGAAAAUUACGAAAAAUAAAGAGCAGUUGCCAAGAUCAUAGAGGGCCAAGAAAUGAUCAUAACCCCGGAGAGUAUAAAUAUCGCUGACGAAGUUGUGUGAGAACAGCAUUCAUCGCUACCAGCUGCGCUGAGACCUUAGCAUUCAUUGCACCUAGUGAUAGCUGUCAUUUCCCUCCCUCCCUGUUGGUAUAUUUAAAAUAUAUAAUUUAUUUUCCACAAGCAGGUUUUUGAGGAGUUUUAGCUUCUGGUGGACUUGCUGAUUUUGAGAGAUCUGUACGGAGCAGUAGAGCUGCCUUUGAGAAAACCAGAGUGCUUCCAUCUCCUUCAUCUCGACUUCCAUUGAGUAGAGAAUGACCAUGAGUCCUGCCCUGUCUUGGUUCCUCCCUCUUGGAUGUUUACUGGUUUUGAUGCAUGAAGCGCAAGGCUUUUUCUUGCCCAAUGGCACGCACUUCGAGAGCAUUUUGAGCAGAUAUCACUCCAGAGCCAAGAGAGCCAUUCCAAGGUCAGACAAAGAGGAGAUUUUGAUGCUUCAUAACAAGCUGAGAGGUGAAGUCUAUCCUUCAGCCUCCAAUAUGGAAUAUAUGACCUGGGAUGAUGAGCUGGAAAGAUCUGCUGAGGCUUGGGCCCAGGAGUGCAUCUGGGAUCAUGGACCUCCCAGCCUCAUUAUGUCCAUUGGUCAGAAUUUGGCUGUUCAUUGGGGCAGGUAUCGUUCUCCAGCCUUCCACGUCCAAUCUUGGUAUGACGAAGUUAAAGAUUAUACUUAUCCGUAUCCCCACGAAUGUGACCCUUGGUGUCCAGAAAGAUGCUCUGGAGCAAUGUGCACUCACUAUACCCAGAUCGUUUGGGCCACAACAAACAAGGUUGGCUGUGCUGUAAACGUCUGCAAACAGAUGAGUGUUUGGGGAGAAAUCUGGGAGAAUGCCGUCUACCUGGUCUGCAACUACUCUCCCAAGGGGAACUGGAUUGGAGAAGCUCCUUAUAAAAAUGGCAGGCCUUGCUCUGAAUGCCCACCGAGCUAUGGAGGAAGCUGCCAGAACAACCUCUGUUACAAAGAUGACCACUACGUACAAAAGCCUGAGCGGGAUGAGACUAACGAAGUGGAGGUCCCACAAAUUACAGAGGAAAAACACGUGUGGGUGCAAGAACGGGUGACCAAACCCACCAAAUCAACCAAGAUCAAGAAAGUCACCACAACCGCGGACAGUUUCAUGACACAGGUCAUUAAGUGUGAUACCAAAAUGAGGGACAAAUGCAAAGGAUCAACAUGCAACAGGUAUCUGUGCCCAGCUGGCUGCGUGAACAGCAAGGCAAAAAUCUUUGGAACGUUCUAUUAUGAGACUGCAUCCAGUAUAUGUCGUGCUGCAAUUCAUUAUGGCGUCAUAGAUGAUAAAGGAGGCCUGGUUGACAUCACUAGGAAAGGGAGAUCACCCCUUUUUGUCAAGUCUACAAGAAAUGGCGUUGAAUCUUUAAGUAAAUAUAAACCUUCAAAUUCAUUCGUGGUUUCCAAAGUCACAGUGCAGACACUGGAUUGUUACACCACUGUAGCUGAGCUGUGUCCGUUCAAAAAGCCAGCAACUCAUUGUCCAAGGGCUUAUUGUCCAGCUCACUGCAAAGCUGAGCCAGCAUACUGGGCACCAGUCUUUGGCUCCAAGGUUUAUGCAGAUAGUUCCAGUAUCUGCAAAACGGCCGUGCACGCUGGAGUCAUUAAAGACGAGACUGGCGGUUAUGUGGAUGUAAUGCCCGUGGACAAGAAGAAAAACUACGUUGGCUCUUUGAAGAAUGGCGUCCAAUCUGAGAGCUUGAAGAGUCCCAGUGAAGGGAUGGCUUUCCGAAUUUUUUCCGUGAAGCAGUAAAUUCCCUGGCAAGUUUCUUCUGGAGAACAAUCCACUGAUCUUGAGGGACAGCAACAUUCAUUUGAUGGCAUCUGCUCUGAACACAUUCUCCUUGCCAAUUUCUUUCAGGGAAAAAAGGUUCUGACUCAACUGUCCAUGUCACAUCUGCACCAGUUCAGUAUUUUUUUUAUUUUUUUUUACAAAUUCUAGGGCAUUCAGACUGUUGUAACUUCAAAUUCCAAAAGAGGUGUGCUGAACAGCUCGAGUGUGGAUUAAUUUACAACAAAUAUCGGAACCCCCGGCUGGUUCACAGAUAGUGUUUUAGGUCUUGAAGUACCUACCCCAAUGGAAGUACUAACACAUGUUGGCAAGGUGGAAUAUGUAGUGCGGAUGGUGGGCCUUUUAAAAAAUAGUUUUAAAGCUGCUCCUUUUCUGGGGUGGGGCAUACGACUUCUUUGGAACUGUUUGUAUGGUGUGGUUGGCUUUUCUGUUUAAGAGCAAAACCUUAGUGUUUUCGUUAUCAGCUCACAUGUGCAUAGGAAACGUUGAGUCAGGUCUGUGGCAUAUUGCAUUAAAGCUAGUGGUGUCAUGAUGUAACAUGUGGUCAGAGGUCCCGUGGCUGCCUGAAGGACUCCUGGAGAUGA